CAGGAGUGGCUGGCUCAGCAAGACAGGGUGCUGGAGUCCUGAGCUGGCAGGGAAAACAGAAGCAGAGGUAGUCUUUGCACAUCUGGUGGCAGCUCCCAGGGGGGUUUCUGUGAUACAACCUGUCACAGGCUCAUCCAAACUUUUCUUAUUCUCCUCUCCCUUCGCUUGAUCUAAUUUCAGAUUUGCUUCUGAGACAUUAGACAGACAUUCAGAAACUUCAUUCAGAGCCAAAUAGCUCUCUUGCAUAGACAACAAUUUGGAGACGCCCUCCCCAGGCAAAUCAUUGCCCAUAACAGACACAGGUUUAAGAUCAUUCCUUUCCUGUGAUUGGCUACCUGGACUGAACAGAGCUUUAACAUCUUCCCCAGUCAAAAGAUCCUUAGGCAAUAACUUCCUUACACCAGCUAUAUAACUUCAUGCUUCGUACCAUUCCAUUCAAGGUGGAUUCUGGCUAAAGACACGUGUACAGUAAACUCAUAGGGGACAUCAACAUUCGCACUCUGAUUUGUGUGCCUGGGCUGCGCGGCCCCAUGGCCCCGUACUGCUUCCGGCAGUACGAGGAUGGUGACUACGAGGCUGUGCGCACCAUGUUCGGACGUGGGAUUAUGGAGUACGCUCCUGCUGCGUUCAUCUACAUGCUGAAGUGUCCCCAGGCCCAGCUGCACUUCCUGGGCCUGUUCCUGGUGGUGCUCGCAGCCUCCGGGUCCCUCCUGGUCUCCCUCCUGGCUCUCCUGCUUGGUCUCACUGGGGCCUGGUUUUGCAUCUGGUCUCUCUGGAACGAUUACGCCCAGCAGUUUCUUCACAACAACCUACUGGACAUCCGGAGAACCUACCUGGAGGCAGCAGACUCUUGUCUCUGGGUUGCAGAGGCUGAGGGGGCGGUGGUGGGCAUGGUGGGGGCUGUCCUGCCGGACGACCCCUCGGAAAGGGGGCGCACCCUGGAACUGAAGCGCAUGUCCGUGGGGAGGGAGCACCGGGGCCGGGGCAUAGGCAGGGCGCUCUGCAGGACGGUCAUCCGCUUCGCCCAAGAACGCGGGUACAGUGCGGUCGUGCUGUCCACCUCCAUGGUUCACUACUCGGCCCAGCAGCUGUACGAGAGCAUGGGCUUCCGGAGGGUCUCGCAGAGGUCCCCAUCGCUCCUCGCCAGCUUCCUGCAGUUCUCCGUCUUCUAUUACCGAUACGAGGUUCCAGGGUCUCGCUGAAGGCUCAGGGGGGGCGAUUCUUCCCCUGCCUGCUCAGCCGCUGGGAGCUUUGCCUGGCUUGUUAAUUAACUCCCAGCAAGUUGCUACUUUUUUACCUUUUGGGUUAAAAAAUAAACUGAGCUUGGAGGAAAAGUC